GUUGUUUCGGAUCAUGGGUGAUUGUGUAGUGAGGGGUUUGUUCCCUUUGUUGGUGUUAGUUGGAGUUGUUUGUUGCUCUGAAACAUGGCAACAGUUUCUGAGCCAGAGGUUUCCAUGGACAAUAGUGAGAGCCAGCCCUGUUCCUGAGAGAGUGCCUCCUCAUGGGGAUCCCAUUGGUUCUAGUUUCCGAAUGUCUGAGGUUGGGAGUGUGUCCCCACUGCAGACUGUGAUGGUACAGUGUGGAGAGCACAACCUGCUGGUCAGGGCCCAGCUGGAUUUAUUUGGAACCAGGCACCUGAUUAAAGCUGCUGACCUGACCCUGGGGAUAGCAGGUUGUCGGCCAACCAGGGUCUACCCUGAGAACCAGACUGUCCUCUUUGACUAUGGGCUGCAUGAGUGUGGCAGCAGAUUGCAGAUGACUGAAGAUUUCCUGGUCUACACCACCCACCUGACCCACAUCCCAAACUAUCCUGGAUCGAUCAUUGUGAGAACCAAUGGUGCUGUUGUUCCCAUUGAAUGUCGUUAUUUGAGGUGAGAAUCUUUACUUGAU